UUUGCGAUUACUAUCAGUUCUUUGUGCUUGCAACGCAAUUUUCUGCUUCAAUUGUCCCUCGGGACGAUUGGUGGCUAGUGAUGUUCGAUUUGUUUGGCUUCAUACGGGAACUUAUCAGCAGCAUGUUAGCGAUCUUUUCGUUCGGUAGGAAGAAAAUUUCCAACUCGCUCAGCGUGUACGUGAAGACUAACACGGGGAACACUCUGGCUGUCGACUUGGAGCCGCAUAUGGACAUCAAAGAUGUAAAGGAAAUGGUGGCACCGAAGCUUGGUCUCGAACCGCAAGAGCUAAAGAUAAUUUUUGCUGGCCGCGAAUUGUCUGAUUCAACGACCAUCAGUGAAUGCGACCUCGGUCAGCAAUCAAUAAUACAUGUUGUUAAAACAAGGCAACAGCAACCGCAGAAGAAAACGUCGAAACAAGCCUUUAACGAGACGAUUUCGGAAGAUGCAGCAGCUGAAGAACAUGCUUCCAAACCGCUGUCGGAGACGAUGGUCGAGCUUACGGAGGUGGAUGAACGGAACACCGGAUCACCGCGGCCUAGUGAUGACCCUACCAUGCGUAGAAAGGCUCACUUUUUCGUUUACUGUUCGCAGUGUGAGAAGGUUUGCACGGGAAAGCUGAGGGUACGUUGCGGAAUUUGCAGUAGCGGGGCGUUUACUGUCCACCGGGAUCCAACCUGUUGGGAUGAUGUGCUGAAACGGAAGCGUAUUACCGGACAUUGUGAAAAUUUCGAAGUUCCCUGUGUGGAAAACAACGAAGGUGAGCCUCCAUUUACGGAAUUUUACUUCAAAUGUGCGGAACAUUCUUCCGGGGGAGAGAAAGACUUCGCUGCGCCAUUAAACCUCAUAAAAACCAAUCACAAAAACAUCCCCUGUAUCGCGUGUACCGAUGUGAGUGAAACCAUUCUAGUCUUCCCGUGUGAAGCUGGCCACGUAACUUGCCUGGAUUGCUUCCGCCAGUACUGUGUGACGCGUUUGCUCGAACGGCAAUUCGUUGAACAUCCGACCGGAGGGUACACGCUUCGCUGUCCGGCUGGUUGCGAGAAUUCCUUCAUCGAGGACGUGCAUCACUUCAAGCUGCUUAGCAAAGAUCAGUACGAUCGCUAUCAACGCUUUGCAACCGAAGAGUUUGUGCUGAAGAACGGGGGAGUUUUGUGCCCGCAGCCCGGAUGCGGUAUGGGGCUGCUGGUUGAUCCCGAAUGCCGUCGGAUUCAGUGCCAGAGUGGUUGUGGUUACGUGUUCUGUCGAAGUUGCUUGCAAGGGUACCACCUGGGAGAGUGUUUGGAAACGCCAACGCAGCUCAACGCCGGUGGUGAGCAUGGAUAUGCGAUCGAUCUGGCCCGCGCCUCGGAAGCUCGCUGGGACGAGGCGACGAAGAUUGCGAUCAAGGUAACGACCAAACCGUGCCCCCAGUGUCGCACGGCAACGGAACGAGAUGGGGGCUGCAUGCACAUGGUAUGCACUCGUUCGGGCUGUGGUUUCGAGUGGUGCUGGGUCUGUCAGACGCCCUGGACAAGAGAUUGCAUGGCGGCCCAUUGGUUCGGUUGAUUGCAUUCGCUAACUCCGUACGUUAAUAGCAAUUUAGCUUCGAUGAUCUUUUUACAGAAACUGAAGUGAUUACAGGUGUUUUCCUUGUUGAUAGGAAUAUACCAUACUUGUUAUA